AUGCCGGCGUCCCGGUCCUCGUCCCGUGCAAAGCUCGUCAACUGGGCGAAACAUUCGCUCUCGUCUUCAAUCUCCUCAUUCCAUGAUAUAGUUGGCCAGAGAGCUCAGCGAAAACUCCCAGUAUGGAACAGAGUCAGCUAAAUAUGGACCAAAACGAAACUGAUAUGCUCUCAAUGCUCCGUACCGCGCAAGCAUCCCAGCUUCGGCGAAGAGGCGCGUUGCGGGGAGGCGCAGAACGUCGGGUUGGAACAAGGCAUUCCGCAAGGGAUGCCGAAGUACCCACGCCUGACGAAGUUAUGCAAUUAUCUCAAUUCCAGCUCAACCCGCCGGCGCGGCAAUAUCGCAUUUAUUGCGGAUAUGCUGAUGCUGCCUCACCGUCCACCUCAAAAUCUGCCGAUCCAGUGCCGCAAAGACCUUUCCCUUUGCCCAUUGCCUCUCAAAGACUCAAAAGGAAAUAUGCUGAGUCGUUUUUACCUGUGCCCUCUGGCCCAUCCCCAUCCAAUGGGUGUGGCCAAUUGCUAGACACCAAGGCCUGCUACAGCAUCACCAUGGGUUGUUGGAUCACCGAAGAGCCCUUAUCAUCAGCCCCUCUUGAUGACCAAUACACGGAUAUCUUAUCAACGACGGAAAACACUUGGCGUCGUCCGAUUUCGCUAUCGUGCGGGUGCCAUAGACAGGGUUUUGGCUGUAUUGUGUGGUAUGACAACUAUUCCCCAAAGUUCAACCCGUAAUCAUUUUCUCGUUUGCGUAGCGGCAAUGUUGUUGGGACGUUUCUUCGAAUAUGUCCGAGUCAUCGACAGCGGACUCUCCCUUCGGCAAGGGACUGGCGAGAAGCUAGAAUUGUGUACUGCUUCCUCCCGUCCCGUGUGACUUCGUCACCAGAUUGCCAUGCUAUCACAGGGACUUGUGGCCCAAUUCAGACACCAGAUGCUAGUACUGAACCAGCGAGUCAAGAUGAGAGCACAUCUUACGAGGGUCGCUUGGUUAUUCGAAGGCGCAUCCUUCCACCAAGCAUGCCAU